GCUUCAAAGGAGUCAACAAGUUUUACCAUUUCAAAGUAUAAACAAGUAUUGACAACUAAAAGUUCAGCAUACAUCAAGACGUUUAACAGUUGGGGCUAUUUUUACAUUUUAACAGUGUAAAAUAACACGAGUGCAAUCAUGUUUGGUUGGAUCAAGAAACGAUGCCGACGACGAUCUCUACCCCCAAGUAUUAAACAGUUACGGGAGGGAGAGGAAAAUCGUACCCGAGCUUCAGAGAAUGUAUAUUUUAGCUUUGAAGAAGAGCAAGAUGAUCACGUCUAUGAGGAAGUAUGUACCGAUACCUAUAGCCGAGCAAGUGAACAAAGAUUGUAUGAGAAUAGUUUACCACUAUCAGAUGAAACAAUGUGUCCACUAUGUCGUUCCAUACGUUAUUCUUCCUCGCCUUGUGAAUGUACAAACGUAUAUGAAGAACCCUGCAUGAGUACAUACACUAAUGAUUGUGUUACAUCUUCAGUUGAAAACGAAUAUGACAUGCCGACGACGCCCACAAAUAGACGAACGCCAACACAAAAGAAGCCAACCAAUGCAACUAAUAGAUACACACUGGCUACGUCAUUAGAUGUAGUAUAUGAACUCGCUACCUGUCCAUUCAAAGUUCCUAAAGCAAUCAAAAAACGACCAGUUAAUCGAAGUUUUUCAGAUGCUGGAUCCAGCAGACCCCUCCCGCAAAUACCCAUUCACGGAAGAGAACGGACAUUUACGGAAACUAGCGAGCGAAUGUACGAUGAUGACAGUAGCGGCUUUUAUGAAAGUAUUGGUUCCGAUUGUGAAAGCGGAAGUGACGGUAAUGGUUAUUCUAACAUAACUAGCUCGAAUGAAGAUUUCCAUGGUUUUAUUCACGAGGAUAUAGUUUAUGAAGAAUUUGACUUUAAACCAGACGUUUCGCCACCUGAACCUUCGCGGCGAUUCAGUCUGGGUUCGGCCACGCCGACAAAUACACUCUACAAGCUCCAUAAAAGGGACACAACUCUCAGUCACGGCGAUCAUUUACAUAGAGUAACUAUGCGUGAGAACAGUAAGAGGAAUUCCCCUUUGUUUCGCUCUUUUAGAGUUCGAUCGCUUUUCAAACAGAACUAAGUGGGCGCUCACGGCUAACUCCAGGCCCCCUUCACUUGAACUGAUAUCUAUUUUUGUUGUUUGAGACAUCUGUGUAUAUUGUGUCCCUUCCGUAGGUUUGUUUUGUGAUGUGUGUGGCGCGGUCCUCCUGCACUUUCUAUACUAUAGAUUUAAAAAAACAA